AACAAAUUUUUUUUUAUGUUAAUUAAACUCUUUUAUUUUUAAUUUAAAAGGUAAUUAUUAAACCUUUAAGUUGAAAAUGUUUUAUGCUAUAUACGCAAAUAAAAAUAAAACAAUUAUGGUCGAUUUAAAAACCUCUUUUCAAAAGAGGGUUAAGAUAUAGGUGUAACUCGGUCACACUGGCCACCCCACUGUAACUUGUUUGUUUUUUGUAAGCUCGGAUUGGAAUCUCCCGUAGACUUGGGAGACAUGGAAAACAGGGAGUACCGGGUGCCCGGUCGCGGACUUUGUCGGAUUUGUCUUCUCGACUUGGAGCAGGCUUUUGGGCACGAUUUGUUCGUGGAUCCAGAGCUGGUUAGAAAGUUCACAGUUUGCACUUCCCUGGAGGCUGAAAAGCAGGAUGGAUAUCCCAGUAUCCUUUGCGACAGAUGCUACGGGAAGCUGAACGAGCUCCACGACUUCCGGGAAUUGUGCUUGGCUUCCAGGCAGCGCUUUAAAGAAAUGUUGGCUAGUAAUUUGGUGACUUCAGUGGAAGUAUUUGAGCCUGUGAGGGAGGAUUCUGAAGCGGAAGAGCAGGGCAGCUUCGAUCCGCUCUUAAAUCAUAAACUGGAAGUAAUUGACAACGAAGAGGAGGUGUUCAAGAUGCUGGAGACGGUGGAUAAAGACCCAGAGGAGCAUCGAAUUCCGGACGAAUCUUCCAACAAUGAAGAGGAUGAAGGCGAAGAUGGGGAGGAGAAGCCUCUGCCCAAGCGACAGUACAAUCCCAAUAGAGAGCGCCUUCGCCUCCAUCUUAUUACAUGUCCCAUCUGCCACCAAAAGUUCAAGAAACAAUCCAAAUACGAGGAGCACAUGAAGCAUCACAACGAUUUGUUACCUUUCCAGUGCUCGGAGGAAACUUGCAAGAAAGGCUUCACUACUGCGGGUGCACUGCGUCUUCAUAUCGACUAUGCCCAUACGAAAAAGUCCAGCGAAAUCCCCUGCACCGUGGAGGGUUGCAGGCUCCUCUUCCCGCGCCUCCGUCUACUGACGAUUCACCUGAAAAAAGUGCACAACCAGACAAGAGUGAGUGCUCCUCGUGGGGAUCAGCCUUGUCGCGAAUGCGGGAUGGUCUUCCGUUGCCCGGUGGCGCUAAAGAAACACAUGUACAAGCACACGGGCGAAGAGCUGCCGUAUCCGUGCAACAUCUGUGGCAAGGGCUUCCACAUAAACAGUGCUUUGAAAAAUCACCUUCUGCGGCAUGCCGGGAUUAAGAACUACGUGUGCCCCUAUUGUGGAGUCGGGAAAACCACCAGGCAGGAAUGGAGCAAACACAUCCUCACCCACACGCAGGAGAAGCAGUUCAAGUGCCACGUCUGUGAUCACGCCACCCACACCAAGAGAGCUUUGGACAGCCACGUGAAGAUUGUCCACGAAAAGGUCAGGAACUUCGCUUGCCAGUAUUGCGGGAAGACUUUUGGGAAAUCGCACGCUUGCAAGAUUCAUGAGAUGACCCACACGGGGGAGAAGCGCUGUGAGUGUAAGGUCUGCGGCAAGAAGUUCCUCUACACAGAGAGCCUGACCAAGCAUCUAAAAACUCACGAGAAGAGCAUGGAACGAGCUUUGGAAACCUAUCGUCAGCGGCACGGCGAAGAAGACAUUACCGGAGCCCAGGUGGACGCGGAUCAAUUGCUGAAGGUUUGCGCUGAGUCUGUGGCGACCAUACCCAAAGAUCCAAGGCGCGUGGAGCGAGUAGAUCUGGCCCAGCUGGCGGGGACAGUCGUGAAUCCCAUCCCUACGAUUCAGCUGCCGCCAAGCGAGAUGCCCACACGAACGAAAUUCGUUCAGAAGGAAGGCAUGCACCUAUGCCCAGGCUGUAGUCAGGGAUUCAACAAUUUGGGGAACAUGAAGCGCCACUACAAGAGCGUGCACGAGAAGGUAAAGGACUUCGAAUGCCGCUUCUGCGCGCGUCGCUUCGCCAACUCGCAGUCUUUGAAGCAGCACGAGUGGAUUCACACCGGCGAGAAGCCGUAUGAGUGCAAGAACUGCGGCACUCACUUCCGCCAGGAGGCGGCUCUCAUCCGACACCAGAAGGUUCACGACAAGAGACCCCCAAAACUCCCAAAGCCGCACAGGGAAAUCACGGACAAGGCGCGCCAGAAGGCCAUCCAGAAAUGUGCCCACAAGCGGAAGGCAGAAGCCCUCAGAGAGGAGAUUGCCGUAGUGGCCAAGGAGGAGCUAAAGGAUCUGGAGAAGCAGCGGGCGCUCGAAAAGCAGCAGAACACCUAUGAGCAGUAUCAGGCAGCAGCAGCCGAGCAAACCACUGGAGGUUCCAAGACCACUGGAGGGUCAUAGCAGAUCACAUAUUACUUCCACUAAUGGCUCUCUUCCCAAGCGACUUAAAACUUCCAAAACAAUUGGAAGUCCUGUACGACUGUUAAUAUUUAACUACUUCUUAAUUGUUAACUUAGUUUUAGGAAAAAACAUAUAUUUUGGCAAACAUAGGCCAGUUAAAAACUAAAACACUUGAUUGAGA